AAUAAGUUCAUGUUCACAGCCCUGAACAUGGCGACGUCUAAUUUGCUAAAGAACAAAGGCUCCCUCCAGUUCGAGGACAAGUGGGAUUUGAUGCGUCCCAUCGUUCUGAAGCUGCUCCGUCAGGAGUCAGUCACCAAGCAGCAGUGGUUUGACCUCUUCUCAGACGUCCAUGCAGUAUGCCUAUGGGAUGACAAGGGACCGGCCAAGAUCCACCAGGCCCUGAAGGCGGACAUCUUAGACUUCAUCAAGCAAGCACAAGCGCGGGUGUUGAGUCACCAGGAUGACACGGCACUGUUGAAGGCCUACAUCGUGGAGUGGAGGAAGUUCUUCACACAGUGCGACAUCCUGCCCAAACCCUUCUGCCAGCUGGAGAUCACGCUCAUGGGCAAACAGGGCAGCAACAAGAAGUCUAACGUAGAAGACAGCAUCGUACGGAAGCUCAUGCUGGACACGUGGAACGAGUCCAUCUUCUCCAACAUCAAGAACAGGCUGCAGGACAGCGCCAUGAAGCUGGUGCACGCCGAACGCCUUGGGGAGGCCUUCGACUCUCAGCUGGUCAUCGGCGUCAGGGAGUCCUACGUGAACCUGUGCUCAAACCCAGACAACAAGUUGCAGAUCUACAGAGAUAACUUUGAGAAGGCCUACAUGGACUCCACCGAGAGAUUCUACAGAACACAGGCCCCCUCCUCCCUGCAGCAGAACGGAGUACAGAACUACAUGAAAUACGCAGACGUCAAGUUGAGAGAGGAGGAGAAACGGGCGUUGCGCUAUUUGGAGACGAGACGUGAAUGUAACUCUGUACAAGCACUGAUGGAGUGUUGCGUGAACGCCCUGGUGACAUCCUUCAAGGAGACCAUCUUGGCCGAGUGUCCUGGCAUGAUCAGGCGAAACGAGACAGAGAGUGAGUACGGCCGGAGCGCUCCCGGCACCAAAGGCUCGGCCAGCUCAGAGCUCCAUCUCAUGUUCUCUCUGAUGGACAAGGUGCCUAGUGGCAUCGAGCCCAUGCUGAAGGACUUAGAGGAACACAUCAUGUCUGCUGGGCUGGCCGACAUGGUGGCCUCCGCCGAGACCAUCACCUCGGACUCUGAGAAGUACGUGGAACAGCUCCUCACCCUUUUCAACCGCUUCAGUAAGCUGGUUAAAGAUGCCUUUCAGGACGACCCUCGCUUCCUCACAGCCCGAGACAAGGCUUACAAAGCAGUUGUGAAUGAUGCUACUAUUUUUAAAUUGGAAAUUCCGCUGAAGCAGAAAGGGGUGGGGCUGAAGACUCAGCCAGAGUCCAAGUGUCCAGAGUUGCUGGCCAACUACUGUGAUAUGCUGCUGAGGAAAACCCCGCUGAGCAAGAAACUUGCAUCUGAGGAGAUCGAGGCCAAGCUCAAGGAAGUGUUGCUGGUGUUGAAGUACGUGCAGAACAAAGACGUGUUCAUGCGCUACCACAAAGCCCAUCUGACCCGACGCCUUAUCCUGGACAUCUCCGCUGACAGCGAAAUCGAGGAGAACAUGGUGGAGUGGCUCCGGGAAGUAGGCAUGCCCGCUGACUACGUGAAUAAGCUGGCUCGGAUGUUCCAGGACAUCAAGGUGUCCGAGGACCUCAACCAGAACUUCAAAGAGUGUCACAAACACAACAAGCUGGCCCUAACAGCGGACUCUGUCAACAUCAAGAUCCUGAAUGCGGGGGCGUGGUCGCGGAGCUCAGAGAAGGUGUUUGUGUCACUGCCCACCGAGCUGGAGGACCUGAUCCCCGAGGUGGAGGACUUUUACAAGAAGAACCACAGUGGCAGAAAACUGCACUGGCAUCACCUCAUGUCCAAUGGCAUCAUCACAUUUAAGAAUGAGGUGGGCCAGUACGAUCUGGAGGUGACCACAUUCCAACUGGCUGUGCUGUUUGCCUGGAACCAGAGGCCUCGGGAGAGGAUCAGCUUUGAGAACCUUAAGCUGGCCACGGAGCUGCCUGAUGCCGAGCUCCGACGCACCCUCUGGUCCCUGGUAGCGUUCCCCAAGCUAAAGCGGCAGGUGUUGUCCUACGACCCAGUGGUGGGUUCGCCCAAAGACUUUGCAGAGGGCACCCUCUUCUAUGUCAAUCAGGAGUUUUCACUAAUAAAAAACUCCAAGGUACAGAAGAGGGGGAAGAUUAACCUAAUUGGCCGGCUUCAGCUCACCACAGAGCGAAUGAGGGAGGAGGAGAACGAGGGAAUCGUCCAGCUCAGGAUAUUGAGAACACAGGAGGCCAUCAUCCAGAUCAUGAAGAUGCGCAAGCGGAUCACCAACGCCCAGCUGCAGACAGAGCUGGUCGAGAUCCUCAAAAACAUGUUCCUACCUCAGAAGAAGAUGAUCAAGGAGCAGAUGGAGUGGCUCAUUGAGCACAAGUACAUCAAGCGGGACGAGACGGAUCUCAACACCUUCAUCUACAUGGCGUAACGGUGGUGAUGACGUAUAACGGUGGUGAUGACGUAUAACGGUGGUUCUUCAGGCCUGAUGGACAAUAAAAUAUUUCCAGGCCUGACCGUCUUAGAAAAAAAUAACAUCUUUGUAUCGUGGGGGUUCAACCCUGACGGACAAUAAGAAUAUUUUCAAGCUGACCUUUGAUAAUUUGUUUAUCUAUUCCUGUGGGGAAAUAAAGACUUGAUUUAGGACAGAGUUACAGAAAUGUAUAAAGGGAGGAGUUUGUGUGGUGAAAAUGAAAGGGUAAGAAAGAAAUGAGUUUGAGCUUCUCAGCAGGAGUCCACACCCACCGAGUGUCAGUCAUCGUUUUUGUCUAGGAGGCAUGUCCUUGUCUGUAGAUGGGACGUGGAUGGUGGUUGUGAAGGUUUGUCUCUGUUAAUGUGGCGUUCGCCUUACUGUCAACCAACCACCACACAGACUGCACCACCACCCCGACACCAUCCAUGGACACCCCACCACUAUUGGAGUGACGAUGGUUGUUAGGUCUCUCUAACGACAUGGAAGGAAGAACGGUAGGAGGUCCGUUUCCCUCCAUAUCUACAGUCCCAAGUUUUGUGCCUGGCCAACAAGUCGUCGGACCUCUUCAACAGAACAAGCUGUGUCCUCGGGCAACUGUCUGAGCCAAGCUGUUGGCCAUGUUUUUGUUUGUGGUGACGAACAAAGAAUUAAUGCUGCAUUCAUGUACUAGUCGGAACUAGGAAACCCUGAAUCAUUCGACUAACUGGUUGUAGUUAUACAUGUGCUGCGUUCAACAAAUCAGGAAGUUGGAAAUUUCAGAGUUUCUUAGUUCCGACUAGCAUGUGAACACUGCAUUAAGACGUGACGUCGUUCCUGGACUUUCCCAGACCCAGACUAACAUUAGUCCUAGAUUUUAAAAUAUAUAUAUUCUCAAUGGAGAAUCUUCAUUGAAAGUGCACUUUAUUCCAGAACUUGGGUUAAUCUGGGGUGGGGAAACUGGCUCCACAGUAUAUAUUAUAAUUCAGAAAUGUUCACAAGUUGUUCACUGUUUUCACAAGAAACAGACUGACACACAUUUUCUGUUUUGACUGAGUUUAAAGUGCAGACUGUUUGCUGUAAUUUGAGGGUAUGUUCAUCCAUAUCGGGUGAACCAUUUAGAAAAUACAUUAAAGUAGUCAAAAGUACAGUAUUUGGUCCCAUAUUUUUAGCACGCCGUGACUACAAACUUGUUGGAUGCAAUUGCAGUUUGUUUUGGUUGUGUUUUAGAUUAUAUUGUGCCCAAUAGAAAGAUAUUAUUUACCAUGCAUUGUGUCAUUUUGGAGUCACUUUUUUUGUGAAUGUUUCUAAACACUUGUACAUUUUAACGUGGAUGCGGAUAAUCAUGAAUGAAUCGUAAAUAAUAAUUGAGAAAGAGGCACAAGUAUUUGUCCAAAUACUUUUGGUUCUCUGUAAUGUGGUGACUAUGUAUAAAAAGUGCUGUAAUUUCUGAGCGGUUUACCCAAUAUGGAUUGAAUUACCCUCAAAUUAAAGCUGAUAGUCUGCACUUUAACCUCAUAGUCAUUGUAUCAUUUCAAAUGCUGGAGUACAGAUCCAAAACAUGUCAAUGUCCAAAUACUGUAUAUAACCUUCUCUAUACAUGGUUCUGAUGGUAACUACCACAGUACAGAGCUAAAGGAGUGUACAGAAAUAUGUAAUGAGAUGAUGAAAUAAACAGCACCUUAUUUAAAAAGAUAAGAAAGUCAAAAUCAACGUUGUCAUUCGGCCCUGGGCUACUUCCCAAAGCAGGAAAAAGGUGCAAGUAACUACAUUUUUUAGCAUAUGUCCAUUGCUAGGUGGCACUAAACUUCAGGAAUUCUGACUCCGUCGCUGUCAUCUUAAGUGGUGCUGAAUCUCUGUCGCGGUUACAGCUGGUUUGUAAAGAAUGCCGAUGUUGAGUAUGGCCUGGUGGGUGAACGAAUCAAAUAAAUUG